CCGUCGGACGAGCGAGCCAGUGGAUGGGACCGGUUGACAGAGUUUAGAGUUCCUUUGCGGUGAUGUCUCGUCGUUCAUUUUACUGUGCUGUCGUGCGUAGUGUCAGCCCGUCGGAAAAUUCGCAAGAGAGCCACGCGUUCGUGACUUCGGUCCCAUCGUUCAUCGGGAAACCGACCGCAACGUAAAUCGAGUGUAAUCAGCGGGCAGUGUGUGGUGCUGUGGAGCAGGAGACGAUGAGGGCCGGAGGGAUAAUUCGGGUGGCGACUUGAGGGCAGAAAUGUUGAAGUUUGGCAGCAAGAGUGACGUUACGGUGGUGCAUCGCGCCACUAUUCGACUCCUGGACGACGCCGAAAUUAUCCACUGUGACUUUCAGCCUCAGCACAAAGGAAGAUACAUCCUCGAAUAUGUAUGCAAGCAACUCAAUAUCAUGGAAACGGAUUACUUCGGACUUCGAUACGUGGAUCACUGCAGACAAAGACACUGGUUAGACCUGGCAAAAGCGGCAAUUAAACAAGUUAAAGACAUGGACCCAAUUCUGUUCAGUUUUCGCGUAAAAUUCUAUCCACCGGAUCCUCUCAGGUUAAAGGAAGAAAUAUCUAGGUAUCAGAUUUACCAGCAGCUGAAAAGGGACCUCCUUCAUGGGCGACUGUAUUGCAGUCCAGGUGAAGCAGCGCUGCUGGCGGCGUGCAUUGUGCAAAGUGAAUUGGGUGAUUAUGAUCCUGAAAUGCACGAAGGAAAUUAUAUUUCCGCGCACAAAUUGCUGCUCAAACAGACAGAGACCAUCGAAGAGAAAGCUAUGGAACUGCAUCAAACACAGCUAAAAGGAUUCACGCCGGAACAAGCAGAGACUCACUUCCUUAGGUUAGCUUCUCAGUUGGAUACGUACGCUGUUGAUCCGCAUCCCGUUAAGGACCAGAAAGGUGUACAGCUUUAUCUUGGUAUUAAUCACUGUGGCAUUCUAACGUUUCAAGGAUCUCGAAAAACACAUCAUUUCCGCUGGCCGGAGGUUCAGAAGAUCAACUACGAAGGAAAAAUGUUUAUUGUGCAUUUAACAAUAAGUGAGGACGUGAGGACGAAGAAAAAGCACACUGUUGGGUUUAAGUGUCCCACGAGGUCUAACUGUCGCCACGUAUGGAGAUGCGCCAUCGAGCAAAUGUUAUUUUUCACAUUACCUAGAGCAUCAGACGCGCCCGUCGUAAGCGGAGGAUCUAUAUUCUCCUGGGGCACAAAGUUCAAAUACACUGGGCGGACGGAGAAGGAAGUUUUAGAAGAGAUGAAUCCACGCCGAAAAGAAGAUUCACCUACGGAACGAUGCCAAACUUCGUGCGUUAGAAGAAAAGCUAGCAGUGUACCAGCCACGCCGAGUACUCCUAGUCAAGACCUCGUUGAAAUAAGAUACUCCAGUCUACCGCGCAGCUGUCACAGGGCAGGCUUGGACGGUGCCGGGAUGUCAGAGGGCAGUUCGGGGAUUCCGUUUAGCACGCCUUACUGUCCAGAUAACACUUUGCCACUUCUGGAAACCGUUUCGGAGGACCAAGAGAUUCAUGCCAGAAGAAAUAACGCCGUAGACGAAAAUGAUUCGCAUGCGAGUGCCACCCACAACACCACCGCCACCACCACCACUACCACCACCUCCAACACCACCACAAACCGUGCGAAAGUUAGACUGAAAUUUCCCAAGAGCACGCUGAAUCGACCGCAACCGUUGUACAGUCAAAAGAUAGUGAUAGGCUCCGAGGAGUUAGUCGGCCGUGACAUCGAUUACGUCGUGCGGGAGCGUAUAAACGCGCUCGAAAAGAGUCCGAAGGUGGUCAGAUCGACCGCCCUAAUAAUAAAGAGCUCGAAGGUGUCGGCGAACUCGCCGGGGCCCGGUAGUGGCCUCGCGAACGACACUUACGUGUACCCCGGCGCCGAUUCAGGGACGAUCAUCACGACGGUGAUAGACGGUCAGCUCGAUCCACACACCGGUAAGACGAUCCUACGCAAGUCUAGCGAGCAGGUAAGCAUGCUCGGCCGUCGAGAGAACGAGGUCUCGUCGCGUCGCGCCACUGCCACCACCAAAACGGCGAACGGUUGCGUCGCAUCGGCGAGACUCGACGUCGGGGAGGUUAAAAACGGAGUCGAGGCGGCCACGCGGCAGGAGAGGACAGUGGGACAGCACGAAGGGGACGUAAACGACUACUACUUCAGGGACUCGUUCGAUCACUCCUCUUCGGAGAGCCAGCUGCUGGACGCGUCCGGCAAGGCGCACAGCCGUUCGGUGACGCCGGUACCAAAGAUGCAGAAGCUGCAGAACACGAAGCUCUGCCUCCAGCAACAGCAACAUCAGCACCAGCAACAGGCCGGCCGGCGGCCGGACAACAAGUCGAGGCACAAAAGUUUCCGUAUAGUGAAGCUGUUCGUACCGGCGUUUGUGCUGACGAUCACGGUUCUGUUCGUUGUGAUCGUUCUGGUGUUCGAAACAGACACGAUGCUAUUCAACAGCCUACGUAAGACGCCAGAAAUGGUGGCCUUAAGGAACCAAUAUUAUAUACCCAUCAAGGAGUUCCUGAGGACAAAGCUCGGCCUAUUUUGAUGCGAUCCGACGAUGACCGGGCUGAGGUCGUCCCAUCUUGCUAACUAGCUCCCUUCAGUGCCAAGUCGAGGAAAACGAUCUUGCCUGGACCCGAGGGACGGGAAAAGUCUAUUCACGCCGUUUCUCUGUCACACCGUGUCCUCUUCUUUCCCAUCCUCAGCAUGAUCAAUCGGUCAGCCGCUUCGACUUUCUUCUCUCUCUCUCUUUUUUGUACUAAUCGACUUCGACGUAUGUAUAGCACGGCGGUUAUAAAAGUGGCCUGAGUCGAUCGGUCUGCGACAGUUGAACGUGUGUCCCUUGACGGUUUGUUCGGCCGAUCUUGCGAGGAGAGAACUUUGCGUAUCCUAACACUUAGACGACCGAAUGGGGAGUCCACGUUUCACAACGUGUUGCGUUUUGUUUAGAUUUUCUUUUCUUGCUUGGUGAGUCUUGAACUGGGGAUACUUGCGAUUCGUUAAUACGUUGACUGCCAUGGUGGUCGUCGGUGACCGCAGUCUUCGAGAUUGCUUAACACGUGGACGUGAAUGCUAUAGCAUUCAUUCUCGUUGCGAUGCAAAAUGAUAUGAAUGUUAUAACAUUGAAAGUUAUAGGCAACAUUGUCGUGAAGUUAAUUCUAUACAGCCAUAACUUUUUGAAAUUAUUAUGCACUUAGUUACAUUUAGCAAUACUUAGUAACACAAACAGUUACAUGAUAGUGUAACACGUGUACUGUGAUACCAAGUGAUUAAUAAUUAUUUCUAAUACCGUUUGCCUUUGUUGUGAAAGAAUAUGUAUUGUGACACAAAACCUUCGGAAUUCUCGUGGUAGUCAACGUGUUAAAUACAUCUCUUGCUUUUAUGGAAUCAAGUUUUUAACCGAAUCGGUUGAAUAAGUUCGAUUAGAGUGAAAAAGUGUAGUUAUAGUUCUUUCUAGGUACUCGUUGCCUAAGUGUUAGGUUACAUUGAUUUCGUUUAAUGUUUCGUUGGUGAUAUUAACUCCUUGUCCUGUGAUUCCUUUCACGACUGCGCUUGGCAAAGCUGUUUUCUCGUUAAUGAUUUAUUAGAAAAACAAAGAAAUCCGAUGUUCCCUUACUAUAAAAAUUAACGAACGAUAAUAGAAGAGUAACGUUUAAUUUAUGCUCGGAAGAGGUGAAUAACAUUUGGAUCCGUUGAAUCUAGUUUAAUAUUUUUAUCAAGAGUUCUAUGUUAGGACAAGGGGUUAGGGUUCGGUUUAACAAUCGGAGCGUUGAUUUGCGUUUCAUUGAUUUGUAACAUACGGCUUUGACUGGCGACAAUGCCAGGAUUCGAAGCGUUCACAGUAUUAGCGAUAUUAUAACGGGUAAAGUCAAGCGGAGCGGAGAUUUUGCGGGGAUUUAAUCGAACGUUCGAUUCACCUGCGACACGAUGACGCUGUAAUGAAAACGAAUAUCUCGUUCAAUUCUAACUUUUGUAAGAUUCAGAUUGAAGAUUCGAGUUUGCGUGAGUCUGUGCAGUUUGUCGAUUACGUGGAUCUCAAUUGUUCGUUAGAACGUCGUUAUAGCUUAAUAUGAAUGAUACUUGACUUAGGUCACGUUUAUAAUUAACGGCACGUAUAUCCGAUCAGAAUAUUCUGGGCAAAACGUACUUUCGAUCUAUCAUUUCUUAACUGUACACGCAAUUGCUAAUAUUUAACACGUUGCAGUGCGCUCCGGUUUCCGGAGUAAGCAUUUGGAUAUUUCUAACAUGGCUGUAUUCUCGAUUAUACAAACUGAUCAGACGAUGAAACAUAAUUUAAUUGAUUUCAUGUGAUAAUUUGUACAUUUAUACAUGAAUAAAUGUAAGAAAUUUAUACAUUUAUUUAAUGUGAUAAAUCUGUUGAUAUAUUAUUUUUAUACGAUAUUACAGAAAAUCAUAUUUGAAUAAUCGAACGUUACACAUUGUUUAAAAUGCAUUGUUAUCGUACAUUUAUCCAUAUAUACGCUCAACGUAAAUUAUAAAUAAGAGGAACAGUGAACAGACUGCGAAUUUUAUUCAUUUAUAGCUCAUGUUACUAUCUACAACUAAGUAUAGUAAACAAGUUAACAUUUGAACAAUUGAUACAAUCCUCGAUAUAGUACAAAUUUCUAUUUCAUUGCAGUAUUUGCGAGUUAGUUUAUAGAAAUUUGUAUUUGAAUAUAGAUUCUCAGUCUGUUGAUAAAUAAUAAAUGAACAUUGAAUGAACUGCUGCACAACGUGUUAAAUAUCUGUAAUUAAUACAGGGUAUCCCGCGAAUAUAAAUCGAACGUGUGUAACAAGACUUUCUCUCGCAAGGUUUUCUUAUCGAAAAAUUGAAUUUGAUCAAUUUUUACAUAAAAUUAUCGCGAGAAACUAUUGAUAAUGUUCUAAGAUAUUAAUUUCAAAUCAAACAAAAUUCAACUGUUAAAUUCAAGUUGAAAAUAGUUUCAAAUAGAUAUUAAUAACGGGCAAAUUGUUUGACUUCAGUUUAUCUUUUCGAAAACGAAAACUCAUCAGGAAAAGUGUUAUUCUACAUUCUAUAUUCGUUUUUGAAUCAUCACCUCGUUGAUUGUAUCGCUGACAGUGGGACGCCCUGUAUGUUUGCAAGUUGAAGCAUCAUUUAUAAGCUUUGAGUUAACCACGUAUUUUGUUACACGCAAUUUUUGGGAGGUCUCGCGGGAACUUCGCUGUGAGUUCGAUUUAAUUUGCAUUUGUACGGAUUCGGAAUAGUAAUCGAUUGCUGCGUAUUACAUAUGGCAAACAUCGCGGAUCGACGAAGUUACAUUUGACUUUCAUUACAGGUAAAUUAGAUCAUGUACACCAGUAUGUUUUGGAAUUAGCGGAUAGAGCGGUCAGGAAUAUUAGGUAGUUCAUUGCACAAUGUACUUUCACACUCCAUUUACGAUGAACGUGUACCGUGAUCUGUAUAGACAUUACUGUAUUUUCUGAUAAAAAUCAAGCCCAAUACUUCUCGAGAGUUUCGUUUCACGAAUGCUUGAGGUACUCAACUGCCAGAAACUCAUGUUUUCCAUACGUUCACAAAGUUGGAACGUCAUAAUAUUGAUACGGUACAUUUAUUUUUCCCUUUUUAAGCGAUUGAUUCUAAAAACGAAGUAAAAUUACAACACAAAAAGAAUGUAUAAUGGUAUAUUAACGUUCGUUUGGGAGCACAUUAUCAGAUUGAUAUUGGAAAAUACAGUGACUCAAUGGACUCAUUGUGAAAGUAAAUCCAAAGAAGCACUUAACAUUCAGUUUUAGUGGCAUGUAUAGAUAGAGAGCUGAUUUAACGAUGGUACGAGGUAUAGAAUGUAAAAAUUUCUUUAGCGAUCUUUAGUUCUUAUGGAGUACUAAACGAGGUAUGUACAAAAUAGGUUUAUGGGAUUAAGAUACAAUCGGACGGUAUGUAUAAACGAUACGUGUACAUUAAUUUGAUACAUUUCUAUUAAAUUGCUGGUACUGUCAGUAUUCCUUGAUGUUUCAUACUGGCAGGUAACAGACAGGUACAUUCGUCACUCGAUGGCUGAUCAUAAUCAAGAGAAAUCUUCUUAAUGAUUUUCAAUUCUGACUUACUCUGCUCUGUAUUCUGAGAUAUUCAAUUGCUUCCAAAGACGACACGGUUGAAUCACCAAUAUCAUCCGAACAGAGUAAUCUAGUUUGGAUCGAUGUGUAACCAAUGUUUGCAGGCUGAAUAUUUUAUGAAAACGAUUUGCAAUUUCUACAGAAGAAUAUUUGAUUUUCGGUUUUGGCGAUGAUACUUUUGUAAAGCUUCUCGUGUACUGACUCGAUAUUUACCGUACCUGUGCCACCUGACCACGUUGAAUGCAUUCAUACAAUCAUCUAAAUGAUCUCAUUCCCAAGUGUUUAUUUUCAGACGAUAUCUUGCCAUUUUACCGUGCAACUUUCAUUCCUUAGAGUCUGAGACAUUCGAUCAGAUUAAGUGACCAUGCAGAAUGACUAUAUUAACCGGAAGUGUACACUAGAAAGUUCGGUUCUCAGUUAUCGCCUUUGUAGUUGACUGUUUUUAUUGAUAUUUGUUUUUAGAAUAGGAUUGUUAUUUUUGGUUACCUGAUUUCGUUGAUUGUUUCGGAAUUCGUCGUGUUUAACGGGGGGGAAGACAUUUCUUUUUGAGACAUUUUGAGGAGUACGUCUUCAAAGAAAGACCAAUAUUGACAAAUAACGUGUCUAUCAUAAAAAAAAAGUGACCCAUUUUUACGAUAUCAUUGUGAUAGGAAAAUCAAAUAGGCAUUAGUUACAAAGUUUAGGUGGAAAGUUGAGUAGUUAGUUCGUUUUUUAAGUGUUUGCUAUUCAAUCUACUUGUAUGGUGUCAGUAUUAGACCAAUCGUCAUAUUUCGUUAUUGGUUGGUUAAAUAUUCAUCUAAUCGAGAGCAAUCUUUAAAGGAUACGUUAAAAACAGUUGUUCAUUAUUCCAUAUAUUUCAAUAUAUAAGGUGCUUUGCAAAAUAUAUCGACUGUGACAUACAAGAGAGUCCAAAGUGAGGCGAAAUCGUGACAUGCGUUACAUUACACGUUUCUAUAAUUUAUUGUCUAAAUCGUUUCGAAUUCAACCAAUUCACCUUUACGCGAAACUUCUUUAACAGUUUAAACAUAUGAUUCGAUUGAUUUUCGUGGAACAAUGGUUAUUUUGAAAUAAGAAUUAACAAUUACUCUGUUCGAUAAUAUAAAAAUGUUGCUCCUAGCAGUGGUAUUAAAAAAUCACGCACGUGUUGGAAACCAAAAAUCUUUUUUUCCAAUGAAAAAAAUGAAAUGAUUAUACUCGUUUUAUUUCCAUAAAACAGUGAAACAAUAAAUUUACAAAAUAUAAAUAUACAUUCUGUAACUAGAAUUUCACAAUUAUACAAAUUCGAUUGAUGGAAUAUCUUUUGAUAAUAUUAAUAAAACUUAUGAAAAUAUUCGAACAGAGUUGAUCAUUGUUACAUGGUGAUUGGAUUAACAUGAAAAUGAUUGGUUGGAUAUGAGAAUCAGAAACAAAGUCUUGAAGGCUGAAGAAUCAUUAUUAUAACAGUACGUAAUUGUUACAAACUUGUGUUUAUUCCAAUCGAACGCAUCUUCCUGAACUGAAUUAAUUAUCAGAGAGAAAGAGAGAUCGACACGACUCGUGUCGAAUGGCCUAUCAUAUUGCUAAGGGGAAUAUAAUACAAAUGAAAAAUGUUUUCUCGACGCGCCAUUUUGUUCUCGAUGCAAGUGCAACAACACUCGCGUACAAGCACACGUUCAAUGGAUACAAAUGUAUGUGGGUGUACACUAUUAACGUGAAACAAAAAAACAAACAAAAAAUUACAUAUUUUAACAUUAAAGAUAACAGAAAACUUAGGCGAAUAUGUAAUAUAUUAUAUAUAUAAAUAUAUAAAUAUAUAUACAUCUUAUUAGCGAGCUAAUCAGUUAACAUUAUUUAUAGGGAUAUUAGACAAUUUUAAACGGUCAACGAAAAGCAAUUAUUUGAUAAUUAAAUAUAGCUUGUAAGCAAUUUUAAUGUGUAAGAACGUUAGAAGAAUUUCUGAGGGAAAUUAAGGGAGCAAACUGAUGAAAAGUGAACGUUUUAUUCUUUUGCCAAUAACGUCUGCUACUUAGGGAACUUUUCUGAGCCAAAGACCUUCGUUUCUCGAGACAAAUAAUUUAUUCUAACGUCUUUAUCUCGUACGAAUAAAAGCAAAGAUUCGUUUUUAUAUAUUAGAAGUAUAUAGGUAUCACACAAAAACUAGAAGAGCAAAAAGUUUACGAAGAUGAUAUUUCAACUAGCUGUGUUACUUUUCAUUGUAAUAUUUAAUUGUGUGUUGCAAAAAUUACGAAAUAAUUUUCAUUGUGUAUAUGCACAUAUAUUUGUGGUCGCAAAAAUUACCAUUCAACGGAGGUCUUUGUAAAUGAAACAAUUUUUACGUUAUUUCUUACUACAAAGAAAUAUCAUUUAUUCGUUAUUCGUUUUUCUAAACGGACGAGUUAGCAAUCAUGCAAAAAUGUUACCUAUCCAACCGUGACCGCGUCUCUUCGUGACACCAUCGUAAAUUUGGUAAUGGAAUUGCUAAGGAGUAGUGUCAAUAACAAUCAACUGAAUCGUAAUAAGCUGAUAGCAUGGAAUCGCGAUAACAGUUCGGACGAAGCAAAAUAAUUUCCUUAGAAACGGUAUAUGGAGUUUAUUUGAAUCAAGUACAUUUCUAAUUAUCUGGUAAACUAAAAUAACGUAUUGUUAUAUUGUUCUUUGUUUUAGUUUCUUUAAAAUCUCUACCCACAGUUACAAGUUGUAUUUAAAGGGCACGCAUGUAAAUUAUCGAAUGUGCAAGAUGACCCAGGUUUUGACGAUCAAACUUCGCGAACGCAAACGUUAAUAUAUUAAUUAUUAUUUUCCUUGCCAAGUACAAAGAUGUGAAAAUGCUUCUGGUUAAACAUUGUAAACAAAUAGGUAUAUUUAUUAUUUCGUUAAUAUUUUCAAAUACAGCUGAAGAACCUAUAAUACGAUUUCAAAGCAAAAUAAUAGAUUAUUAUUAUUAUCAUCGAUAGGUUUAUAAAGAAUGCUACAAUUUAAUUAUUACCACUAGAACUACGGAGCAUUUAAUACGAUUAAUAUGCGAUUCCCAUAAAAAUGCUAAGAAUAGAUUAUUUUCAGUUUCUUCAGGCAUUCAUUAUAGUACUGAAACUAUUUAUUUUCAAAAUCAUUUCGAAUAUUCGACGCUUCGAAGAUAUCAAUAAUUGCUAAACAAAAAAAUCGAAACCAGUCAUUUUCACUGUUACGGUAGUUCUAGUGUUACUCGAUCUAACGAAAUGGUAACUGCUACAUUCACAUAUUAUCAUCUUUAAUUGUCUCUACAUCUACGUGCCAUUCUGUUGAAACCUGGAACAUCGUGUGUAACGAAGUCACUCGUUUAUUUAAGAAUCUUUCUUGAAAGCAUUCAAAGUAUAGAGUCGAGAAUUUCCGGAUUUCCAUCUCGGAACGAUUCAUGAUUCACUUCAACGACGAUUGUAUUACGAAUCCCUCAGAAUGGAAUAACGUUUCUAGUUUAAUCCGAAUAACGUUAAAUGUCAACUAUAAAUGUUCCAGCACAAAUCGAGCGACGGUAACGUAAGAAAACCAAAUUGAAUUUUAUAAAAUCAAAAUACACCGCGACUCUUCGUAAUAGUAAGGGUUCCCUUCGCUGCAAUGAUCAAAUCUCUUGAACCUCGUGACGGCGAGCGUUGUUUCUUCGAGGGCGGGAACAACGAAGAAGAAACGACGGCUAAAACGAACGACCCCCGGAACGAACGUGGGGAUCGUCUCGCCGCGACACUUUGACCUUCGUUGUUCUCGCGGCUUUCAAUCUCACCCGUUUUCCUGAAAGUGCCUACGCUAUUCUAAACUCUUUUGGAAGCUGCUAUUCGCUGAGUUUUCGAGAAAAAAAAGAAUUGUACUCGUCUUCUUACAUUUACUCGAUACCCGUAACCAAUUAAGGGAUUGUCUACAACCACCGCGAAUUGUAAAAGGUCAAGUUACAUUAUAGAUUAAUUUUCGGUUAGGUGAUUCUUAAAAGCUUCGUUGGAAAGAGGAAUUUUUCAUGGAAAAGGAUCGCGUGAUUUUAAUUUUAGAGGAUGAACUUUGACAGGUAACAGUGACGAGAAAGUAUAUUAAAUUAUGUGAAUCGGUUUAUUCAUUUUUCGAAUGCUUUUGGUAUCGAUUUUGGGAACCGUUUCAAGGAAAACGUGUUUCAAGUUUCGAACGGGAUUUCCACUUGAGGAACGUUUUGCUCUGUGCUUAGAUGGUAUCGUCGUUUUCUUCGAGAUCGUCGAGGACAGUGCAUUUUCGGAGAUACGUUUUUUAUGGGUCUAUUUGUUUUCGCUAGGUGUAUGUGAUCUCUUAAACGAACCGGGCGGCUUGUCCAAUUACACCUGACACUUAUAAAAGAACGAAGGCAACGAUUACACUGCGGAUGUUUAUGCGAAUGCUUGGGAAACUCGAGGGAAACGGAAACUUUCAAUGAGAUCCAAUUAAAAAGUUACUGAAUUGUGUUCAAUUGAAAUACCUAAUUGAAUUGUACCUAAUUAAAUUAUAUUCAUUUGAAAUAUCUAAUUGUAUUAGAUUAAAUUGAAACAUUUAAUUGGAUCUUAUCGUACAAACGAUAAUACCGACAAAUCUUAAUGUCGCAAUGACAGUGUUACAAUUGCAAUGAUGGGAUUAUAAUGAUACAUAGUACGCAACUUGUUUAUUCAUUAACAAAGAAUUCAACAAAAGAGUCAUUAACGGGGACGAGAUUGAAGAAUGAGAAAUUUAGAGAAUUUUACUGAAUUCUCACUUCUUUUUGUUUGGGGAAAUGUAAAUUUACAUAAACAUUCGUAGUCUGGUAAUGAUGCCGAUGUUGGUAUUAAGAUACGAGCGUGUAACGUCCUUUCGAUACAGAAACGUCAAUCAUCGAUCAAAGAUAUAUAAGUACUUUGUUCUACGUAAGACGAGAAGGAAUACCGAACAACAUCGGGAAAUAGUAACCGAUUGAACUUCGAGCGAACACACUUUACGGGGAAUCUUUUCUCCGUGGAAGAAUGUUCGAUGCAGGAACAAUUCUAAGAGAUUAGAACGGUAUCCGUGCAUGUUGUUUUUGUAAUUCAUUAUUAGACUGUGGAUAUUUGUGCAGCAUGAAAUUUUUAGAAAUUUAUCAUGAUCUUUCGAAUAUUACAUACUCACUGAUUUUCUUUUCCAUUUUUCACUGGCUCUAUUAGGUUCCAAGUGACUUCAUUUAAUUGACAAAAUAUUGUAUUUAAUGUUAAAUUGGAGCAAAAGAAUGUAAAACUCAUUUACAGUCGAUUAAAGUAUCUAUCGAUACAACUUCGAAAGUUUUGAAAGAUUACGAGACGAUCACAAAUAAUUUGUAAUUGCAAGUUAAUUAGAAAUUCGAAGUACCGAAAUAAAUGAAAUCCAAGGAUUUAUCUUUGCUCGAAGUAUCGAAGAUACAAGCGACUUAUGCUUGAGAUAUAAUUAACAGUCGGUGGAAAGGAUUUCUUUUCAUUAUACAAGCUUUUAUCACCAUUGAAGUGCCAUUUUGUUUUCCGUGCCGGAAAUGCGUAAAGUCCACAGUCUAUCGAUUACCAGUGACUUGUUUCGAAGGACAAAGCACCGUCUAAACGCAAAUUGUAUAAACAAACGGAUGUCAAUUGCAAUAUAAUAACCUUAGAUUUAAAAGUAAGAGCGCCAAGACCAUUCGAUGUGACGAUUCGCGACGAUGAACUGUUACGAGUUCUCGGAGAGUUCUGUAACGCGAUGGUUAUUAAAUUCGAGAUGAAGAACGACGCUUACAAUUAGCCCGUUUGCAUCCGAAACUAUUAAAUUAUUCAUCGCGUUUGAUUAUGUAUUAUCAAUCGCUUAAUCUAUCGAGUUACUUGUUCUAGUAUUUUAUUCUGUCGAUCUAGGGUCGCUCCCCAUAGUUCGACACGUUGAACGCCACGAGGGUCAACGGUGACCCUCAGGAAAAUCGAAUUACUAUGAUUCUCUCAAUGAAACGAUGAUUAUUUGAAAAGUUGUUCAAUUUAGAAGUAACGCAACGACGCAGUUCAAUCAAAUAGUUUGAUAUCGUAUCGUUUUACAUUUCCUGUAUUUUCCUGCGUGAAGCCACUGCUGUGUAUUAAUAGGAUUUGUGUAAUAAUACGAUACUUGCACCUGGAUUGCGUACGUACGGGCCAUAACUAAUUUAAAAGCUUUGGCAUGGUCCGAUGUCGAUUUUUCGAGUGUGUCAUAGAUCUCAUCGCGAGUGACCAGCAGGCUACCUUUCGGUAGGUCUAAAGCUUGUCGCGGCCAUCCUACUCGUUGUUGCCUAAGUUGUUCGGCACGAUUUUUUCGUGAUGCUCGCAAUUGGUCAUCAUAUGCUCCAUCGGUAGGCAGCUCAUCUUCUUCAGUAAUUUUGGGGAUAGCAAAUAUUUGGUCACCAAUAAUCUUAUAGCUCUUAUUAUCACGCGCCACUCUUGUUAGAUAUAUAUAUCAUUAAUGCUUAACUCUGCACCUGUCUGCUCUUUCGAGAUGUCGAAGAGAGCUGUAGCAAUCUGACGGAGCUCACUCUCCGUCCGGGCACACAUGGCGCUUGCUUGCCCUCGGUACCCUGUAAAAGCGGAGUCUCUCGGGAGAUCACACUUGAUGAAUGUGCAGAGAUACGCUAAGUCUGGAUAGUGUCGUAUAUUAACUGUGGGUUUUACAAGGGAGCAGAAAGGAUUUCGAAGCAAGUCCCUUGCUUGUAUCAUAGCUGAUUUAAAAUUGUCACGUGGUAUCCCCUUGUUGAUCAAGAGGUCGACGUCAAAAAAUCUAAGUUUUGCAACCACGUCGGUUAUCGUUGUAAGGCAAGUUACAUUGUGGCUUGUUCAAUGACCCACGAUAAUGAGACACCCUCCGGCACUUGCAACAUUGACCAACUGGUCACCAAUUGGCGGUAAACAUCUUCCCAUGUUAUAUCAACUUGGGUAUAGAGACGGGCAUAAUGCUUGAUAAUAGUAAUGUUCGCCUCUUUAGUCAAUGCUGCUAAGUAGGUGAAUAUCGCCCCACCUAAAAUACUUCUGGUUUUUUCCAAGUUCUGCACGGCCUUACCUUCAUGGUAUCCUAAAAUAGUAUCAUUGCUAUAGUGCGACCACGACAUUGCAAAUUCAGGCUUGACUUCAAAGUUGAUUUCUGCAAUAUUCACAAAAUUUACGCUCAGCUGACUUAAGUUCACCCAAGCAUCACUCGCCGCGGGCUCGAGGAACAAUUGAUGCGGGAUUGUGUGCCCCCGGGAGAUAUAAAAUGCUAACGUCUGGUUACUGACACGCUCCCCUCCGGGUAUAUGUGCUGCACAGUCUUGAGUAUCAGCAAGAUUGUCGUCGGAGUUAAUGCAUGUUUUAGUUAUAUCAUUAAUUAAGGAUCGUAACUCGUUUAAUGACGGGGGAGAUUGCUUGAGGAUGCGAAUGACCUUACUCCGUGCAUUAUCGCGAUCCUCUAAACUACUCAAAUGUUUAGCGCUAGAAAUUGCCACCAUCUCCCCGUAUGUUCUUGCUAGUAUUUGGUCGGUAUCACGAGAGCCAUAAGUCUUAGCCCAAUGGCCCGCAAUUGUCUCUGCGACAAGAGGUCUAGCAUGCCAGGUUACGAAAGGUGACGAUCUAUUGACAUGCUCUAUAGAUAACGUGUCACUUGUAGCUACUAACAAACAAGGUAUUAGCGCAUCAGAUGAUGCCGAAACCAAUCUUGACAGGAUUGGUCAUAAUAGAUGGGACACCGUGACGGCGCGCUUGCAUUAGUCUCUCAGCUAGAGAUUUUCUUUCAGCCAUUAUAACAGUUAGGAAUGUCAAGACGAAUCACAAGUAAAAUAUGUAUUUUUUAAAAAAAAUGUGUUUGAUUUUCUUUAUUUAUCAAUCGUUUCGCACCAAUGUUGUGUGUAGUUGUCGAACAUCUUCGUUUGAACGUUGCAUUGUUGUACCGCAAAACAUUGUGCAUCUAUAACGUACGAUAAUCUUGAAAAAAUUAUAAACGUUAAUGACAUUUAAUACUGUUUCACUUUACUUUUAAUCGAACGCGAGGAAUUCCAUUUGAUUCGAUGUCGAUUUCUCAAGUUUCUCUAGGAAAAUUGUUGUAUACUUCAAUCGUCGGUUGAUCACUUCUUUCGUUAAUCAUGGAAGGACAAUUGGAAAUAAUGAGCUACGGUAACUCCAGAAAAAUAUUACACGAAUGCAGCUCAAACAUAUAUAAACUAAUAAAGAAUUAUUUGAGAUACAUAUAAAAUAUAUUCAUAUUCAUUGCAUAUGAAAAUUGCAGCAGAGGCUUUCGCAUAAUUUGCAUUCUUCGUUCUCGAAGAUCAUUUCAAUCAUUUUUAUAGCACACCGUUUAUUUCGUAGAAUGUACAGUUUUACAAAAUACCUUCGCCACUGUACGACAAAUCAUUUUCGAACGUGUCGCCAGCGAGAGACAAGUUAAAAGUCGGAUCACGUUCAAUAUGAACUGACGAAUUUCCUUAUUCAGCAAAUUCGAUCCGUGCAAACUGGUUUCGAACUCUAGACUGAAUGUCUAGGUUUCGAGAACCUAACAGCGGUAAAACAGCUUUACAAUUCUCAUUUUUAAAUUCAAGAUGUCCGAUAAUUUGAAUUUUCGCACGCAAACGUGUAAUUCUUUGUUUCGCUUCGGUUUUUCCGAAGCACACUUCGUUUCCUGAUUUUAUCGCGUGUAAAACAGGAGAUUUCCAAACUAAAUACCGCGGUUGACAAAUUAAAGGAAUCACGGAUAUCAAACUAGACGAACACAUCGAACACGUGCGAACAGAAACAGUAUUAAAUUUGAUUCCGAAUUCGAAGAGCACGAUCGGUGCGAAACGUUUUUCCAUUUUCUAGCGUGUUAACGAUUUCGAUCGUGUAUUACCGAUAUCGCGCGACUCCUCUACGGAAAAGAGAAACGAAGAAUCGCCAUUAACACCUUGACUGCCACGUCAGCAUCUUUUACAUCAGUUUAAAAAUACAUUCUCUGGUAUUUCGUUGAAUGCAUUGAAUCCAGAAAAAGAGAAAUCUUUACUGUUUCUAUUUUAUUAAGAAAACUGUUUCGAUCGUACGGGAAUAUCGGUGAGUGUUUAUUUGGCAGUCAACGUGUUAAAGAAUAUGUAUUUCGCAACUCAUACGACGACAGACACAAUGGCUUGCAGGAGAGAACCGUUAAAUCCCUCUAUUUCGCGAGCCGGUUUUCUAUAAUUAUUUUCGUAAUUUGUUUCACGUGUUAUGUACAUACAUGUAGCAGGAAGUUACGAAUUGUAUCGGGUGCAGUGAAAAGUUCUUUCCAAUGAGUUUCAAUUGGAAUUCAUCGAAGCUACCGAAUUUCUAUCACGAUGGUAAUCAUUCAACCCUUUGCCGACGAAGAUUCUUUGAAAUAUACGAAACCUUGAGCGGAUGAAGGUUAAUUAUACAUCGAUUGUUUAAAUAAUAGAAAGAAAGGAAAUUAUACACUGAUCUCCUGCUGUUUGAGUAAUUCGUACAUUUGUUUGCGACCAUACUCUUCCAAAUAUGGAAAUUUCAUCUCGCCGAAACGACAUUCGUCCGCAAAGGGUUAAUGGACUCCCAAAAUGUCCUAAAUAAGAAAUACGAAUUGUAUGCGCUUACAUCGACGGGUCGACGCUUGGUCGCGACUCGAAUGUUUUCGCGAAUUUACGUAGACCGUACGCGCGAUGCCCGCCAAAUUAAUCUUGGGCACCUGGAUCCGUCGGUGGAGCAGUGGUCGCGUCUUCGCGUUACGUUUCGUUCGAAUCGAGAUUUUCGUACGAGUCUUUCGUGCGAUAGACUCGAAGGUAAUACGUGAAUUGAGUUUUUCGAAUGUUGUACGUGAACUCUACUUGUCGAAUGCGUGUCGUGAACUAUUCGAAUGCGUGUGUAAUCGAGAACUAUGUUUGUCGAAUGCGUGUCGAGAACUCUCCGAGUGCGUGUAGUUGACUAUUCGAAUGCGUGUAAAAACCUCUUGAAAGUGUAUCGAGAACUAUGUUCGUCGAAUGCGUGUGAAAAACUACCCUUCGUCGGAACUCUUGCACCCACAAGUAAACUUUCUUACCCCUCCUUCGGAUGUAUGGAAGGGGAUGCUGACGGAGUGGGAACAAGAGAUCGACGAAGUUUUGAGUAAAAAAUACAUUUGGCAACAGCGAGAAAAUCCCGCUACUCGACGAACGUGCAAGGGUGUACCCCGAUGCGAGUACGCACCCUUGUCCGCAGGUAGUGCUCGCUGUUGCGCGUACAUUCGUACAAUCCUCGUCGCUGCGCGAGAAUUCGUCUGGUUUAUGACAGGGGCGAUUUUUGUACGGGACAGAACAUGCGAGGCUGACUUGCACAAUGGCCGAAGCCGGGCCCCGGAUCAACUGUCCCGAACGCUCGAUCGUGUUUGCGCCCGUGUCAUCGAAUUACUCGUGUAUCGACGUGUCGCGGUCCUCGGUAUCCUGAAGGGUCCCUUGUUCCGCGACGGAACACGAAUACUUUAAUUAAGCGUUCGUACAUUGUUCUAACCUUCAAGUAUGAACGUGAGUUCAUUUUGAAAUGAAUUUUGAAACUGAAAUUUUCGUCGAACAGUUAACCCGUUGCACUCGAAAGUUUCUCACUAGAAAUAUUCAACGUUCCCCGAUGAGAUACAGACGAUGUUCUUCGAAACCAGAA